GUUAAUUCAUGCUCAUUCAGCUCAUAAGAAGUUUUUCGCGAACGAUACGUUGAUUUUUAUAGUUUUUCAUCGUUAAUAAAUUGUUCAAUUUCAGGAAAAUGCCAUAUUCCUAAGCAUCGUUUUGUGAUUUCGAUAUACUUAUUAUUGCUUGCUAGUUGGGUAGAUUGCACACUGGUGGUUGGUAUUUAUUGCAAAGUGUGAAUUAUCCUUGAAGUUGCUAGAACCACCAGACGUGGACUCACAAGUCAGUCAGUUGAUGAUUAGGGAUUGGCACAAUAGGGAUUUCUGGUCUAAUAAGUAAAGCUUACGAUAAUUUAUAAGUCAUCCUGUCUGCUUGUGUUAUUUGGGGAUAUAUUAUUGUACAUCUUGAUGUGCCCCUACUGGUGCUCGGUUUUCGUACUUAAUGGUAUUUAAUCUACAUCCGUAAUUCUCUGCCUUCCUGUAUAAAUCUACAAGGACCUAUUUAGUGCGUACCUUGUGCUGCCAAUUUCACACUCGAGCUUGUUAUUCGAGUAUAGCACACGUUUUCAGUCAGUGUGGAGCCUGCAGGCCCGUUCGAUCUGCUGAUACAGUCAGUUUAAUAUAUGACUGUGUGUAUACAUUUGUUUGUUAUUGAACCACUACGGAAUCCAGGAAUCGGCCAGUCAGCUGUGAUCAUCAUCGAAAUAUUCCGAACCAUUGUUUCUUAGCGACUCAAGUGAGGGAAGAAAAGAGGACAUACUGGGAAAUCUUCCACUUGUCUAGGCUGUACUAUUUUCCCCCGUCUUUCAAUGGCAGCAACGACUUCAUCUUCGACGCCUGCUCGUCGGAGAUUGUUGCGAGAUUUUAAGAAACUGCAGGAAGAUCCUCCAACUGGAGUGUCUGGCGCACCAAACGAAAUGAAUCUGCUCUCGUGGAAUUGCAUUAUUUUUGGACCUCAGGGAACCCCUUUCGAAGAUGGGACUUUCAAAUUAGUCAUGGAGUUUACUGAAGAUUAUCCCAACAAACCCCCUAAAGUUCGAUUCUUGUCCAGAAUGUUUCACCCCAACGUUUACGCGGAUGGAUCGAUUUGCCUGGAUCUUCUCAACAGUCGAUGGAGUCCAAGCUACGAUGUGGCGAGCGUACUGACGAGUAUUCAGUCCCUGUUAGACGCACCGAAUCCCAACAGUCCAGCGAACAGUCUGGCGGCUCAGCUUUACCAGACCGAUCGAAGAGAAUACGAGAAGCGGGUUGCUGCCAUCGUAGAAGAAUCCUGGCUGGAUGCGGAAGGCGAGGAGCAGCAGGGUCAGUCGUCCAAAGAAGAUGCCUCUAAUGAAACUGGAGAGGAAAAUGCUCCAUAGUUGCGAAUAAUAUACUGCCGUGAUGGCUUUGACCUGAUCACAGUACCUUUGACAUCUCAUUUGGGCACUCAAGUUGCUGAUCACGCUGCGUACAUUAGGUGGAACGGCGGAAGAUGUGCUUAUUUUGUCCUAUUGCGUCGUCGUCUGGCGAUUAUAAUCUGCUUUCUGUAAAAAGGAUAUUUUGUUUUUUUGACAGCUGCAACGUCCAGUCACUGUCCCGCUUGCAGCUGCAUUUGGCUUUGUUUGGCGCUUUCAUUGUGUUCUUCAACUCUAACCUAUUCAAAAGAUUGUUCCAAAUACACAUAAUUCUUUCGUUAUGUUAAGUACUAUAUAAUUAUGCACCGCUUGUUAGAAUAAACGAAAAGAUUUCUGG